AUGAAAACAAUAACAAUUUCUGUUGGGCUUUGUGGAGAUUCAGGUGUUGGGAAAACAGGAAUUUUCAAACGAUAUAUUACUGGACAAUACACAGGAACAGAAAAAGCAUCAGUGUCUUGUGAUGUUAGUUGUAAAAAAUUAAAUAUUGAAGGAGAAGCAUAUAACCUACAAUUGUGGGAUACUGCUGGUCAAGAAGUGUUUAGAUCAAUUACUGCAUCAUAUUUUAGAAAUAGACAUGUUAUGUGUUUUUGUUUUGAUAUCACUAAAAAGGCUUCAUUCUCUUCAAUCUCUGGAUGGCUUAGAGAAUUUCAACAAAACCAAAAUCCUAGUUUUAGUACUAAACUUAUUCUUGUUGGUUGUAAAUCAGAUUUAGAAGGAAAUAGACAAAUUACAACGACUGAAGCUGAACAAUUUGCUCAAGAAAAUAAAAUGUCUUAUUUUGAAUGUUCAGCUAAAAC